AUGACGGAGGAUCUCACUGCCGUUGAAACGGUGUUUGGUUGGGUUAUACAGGGCUCAACGACCGUGCAUACCCGGCUCCCCCAAUCGACAUGUGCCCUACUUCUCACUUGCGGAGACCCAGAGCCUGAGUGUAAUGCCGAAGACUUGUGGAAACUUGACACGCUCGGAAUCACAAGUCCCGAACCCACAGCCAGCCACGUGUGCAGCACGGACCUCCGGGUCUUCGAGGCGCGCAUAGCAAAGUCGAAAGAGCGGUAUGAGGUUCCCUUGAUGAUUAAGGAGCCUGGGCUUCCGCCGGAUGCCAACAACAAAGCCACGGCAGUGCAUAGGCUCCGAGCCCAGCACAGACGAUUUAGCAGCGCACCAGAGGUUCUGCGGCAAUACGACAACACAAUAAGAGAAUAUUUCGUAGAAGGCCGUGCGGAACAAGUUACCAGCCCUGAUCCCGACCGUAAUCUCUACUAUCUGCCUCACCAUGCCGUAGUACGUAGCGAGACCGCCACAACCAAGAUCCGAAUUGUUUUUGAUGCGUCAUCCUACAUCGCUGGCCAACCGUCGUUUAACAACGUGUUGUCGAAAGGGCCGAACAUGAACAGUGACCUCUUGCAUCUCCUACUCACCUUUCGGAACCACCCGGUAGCCCUCACUGCCGAUAUCCGGAAGGCAUAUCUCCAAAUAUUAAUUCGGCCGGAAGAUCGCGACGCUCUUCGUUUCCUCCGAGUUUCCGACCUUCCAUCUGCCUCCAACCCGUACCCGCCAUUGCAGGAGUGGAGAAUGACACGCGUGCCCUUUGGGGCUGCCUCCAGCCCGUUCCUCCUCGCGGCCACCUUGCAGCACCAUUUCAGAUCUGUCAGCCAUCGUUACCCAGCCACUGCUGCACGACUUUCCACCAGCUGUUACGUGGAUGACUUGGUAGUCGGGUGCAGGGAUGUCGCAGAAGCCCAGACUUUCUACAAGGACACCAGAGCCAUCUUGCAAGAGGCAGGGAUGGACAUUCGGAAAUGGGCGUCAAACUCCCCAGUCCUUCAAGAGAAAUAUCUAAAUGAUGGAAUCGCAUACGACAACGUCUCUGAAUUGGGGUCUGUUCUUCGGGUACUCGAUGUGCCGUGGGACAGACAGUUCGACGGGAUCUGGGUCCCCGCGCGGUCCGUCCAGGCCUCCGCUAAAGACGCCCCUUCCACGAAACGUGGGGUACUGCAGGUUUUCUCUCGACUAUAUGAUCCUUGGGGUUUCCUCUUUCCGUUCGCCAUUACUGCGCGCCUACUGUUCCAGACUUUAUGGAAGGAAAAAUGGCCUUGGGACUCUCCUCUAGAGCCACCACUGCUGGACGCAUGGCACGCAUGGGUGAACGAUCUGGCAACUCUCUCGGAGGUACGGCAGUCAAGAUGGGUACUCGGAUCCCAGCACAGCUUGCUCGAUCUUCAAGUAUUUGCAGACGCAAGCCCACGGGCGUACGGUGUCGUAGUGUACGCAGUCGAACAAGUCGCACAAGUUCGCAGUCGAACAAGCGACGGCCGCAUCAAGGUUUUCUUGCUCAUCGCCAAGGGCCGCGUUGCUCCACUGAAGACUCUAACAUUACCCCGGCUAGAGCUUCUCGGGUGCCUACUCGCUGCGCGCAUUUUCUGUCGCAUCAUCAGUUCCCUGCCCAUCGCAGCACUCCAGGCCACCUUCUGGACGGACUCUACAAUAGCUUUGCACUGGGUCAAGAAUGACACUGACAAGUGGCCGCCGUUUGUCGCAGCCCGCACAACCGAGAUACGACGGCUGACAAACCCGCAACAAUGGUUCCAUUGCAAAGGCAAACACAAUCCCGCGGAUCUGCUAAACAGAGGCGUAUCCGCGAAGGCUCUGCUCGACAGCCAGCUGUGGUGGUCAGGUCCGCGGUGGCUAUCGCAGGAGUUCGACUCAGCGGCUGCUCCCGUGGUUGAUGCAGAGGUCUUCCCGACGGAAGAAGUUUGCUGUGUGGCAGUCGCGACCAGAAUGGACCUCCCGCUGCGGUUGGCCGAUUCACUGAAGCAUAUCCUAUGGCUUACGGCUCACGUGCUCAGGUACAUCCACAAUCUGCGCUACCCGCAGUCAAGGACGACAGGUCCACUUUCUGCAGAUGAAUUGACGUCAGCCGAACUCGUCGGGGUACGCAACACGCAAGCACAAGCGUUUCCUGAGGAGGUGGCAGCACUUCAAAGAUCCGCGCCAGUAUCGCGCACCUCUACCCUACUGACCUUGCAGCCUUUCCUCCAUGAGACUGCCGUGCUUCGCGUAGGAGGUCGGCUCCAGCAAAUGGACGACUCCAUCGAUAUUCGUCACCUGAUUUUCCUCCCGUCGAAGCACCGAUUCAGUGUUCUGGUAAUCCUGGACACGCACGAACGUUUGCAUCAUGCAGGAGUUCAAGACACCCUCAGCGAAUUGCGUCAAAGGUACUGGAUCCUCAAGGGUCGUCAAACAGUUCGCCGCACGCUGCACACUUGUCCAUGCAAGUACAGACAGCUGUCACCCGAAACCGCACCAGUGGCCCCGCUGCCUAUAGAGAAAGAAUCAAGGAGACUCAUCCGUUUGAUGUUGUGGGAAUUGAUUUCGCCGGGCCUCUCUACGUCUCGCAUGCCGCACUUCGCGAACAAAAGGCCUACAUUGUUGUCUUCACAUGUGGUGUCACAUGCGCCGUUCACCUUGAACUUGUACAUCAGAUGUCCACCGAGCGGUUUUUAA